AUGGCUGUUAGAGACAUAUUACCUGAGUCCCUCAAGCCAUCACAUUAUAAUGUGCUUAUCACCGAUCUCGAUUACAAUACAUGGACUUAUAAAGGACUUGUAGAGAUCGAUGGCCAUUUCGCUUCAUCUACAGAUAAAAUUGUUCUUAAUGCCUUGGAUAUCGAGAUUGACAGAGCAACCCUCUCCCUUGACUCUCUGACAUCUGAAGCCAUAUCUAUUACACAUGACGAUCAUGCACAGGAAUCGACUAUUGCUUUCAACCAAGUUGCCUCUAAUGGCAGCACAGCAAAGUUGACGGUGGAAUUUGCUGGCAAUAUUCGCAAUGAUAUGACUGGCUUCUACCGAUCUAAAUACACACCCGUGGCUACCCCUGCCGCUGCCUCUGCCCUUGCUGCCGAUUCAUGUUACUAUAUGCUCAGCACCCAAUUCGAACCCGGAUGUGCACGAAGGGCGCUGCCUUGUUUCGAUGAACCAAAUCUCAAAUCCACUUUCGAUCUGUCGAUUGAAAUACCCAGUGAUCAAGUUGCACUCAGUAAUAUGCCCGUCAAGAAGAUCAGCCCCGUGCCCGACAAACAAAACCGAGUGAUUGUGGCCUUUGAACGCACUCCCACAAUGAGCACCUACUUACUUGCAUGGGCGAUUGGCGACUUUGAAUAUGCCGAAGCUUUUACCAAUCGUCUAUACUCUGGUCAUCAGCUGCCUGUUCGGGUUUACACAACUCGGGGAUUAAAGCACCAAACCCAAUGGGCCUUGCAACUUGCACCCAAGUUCAUCGACUAUUUCAGCGAGAUCUUUGGAAUCGACUACCCUCUUCCCAAGUCAGAUAUUCUCGCAGUUCACGAGUUUUCCAGUGGUGCUAUGGAGAACUGGGGUCUGGUCACAUAUCGCGUCAGCGCAAUCUUAUUUGAUGAGCAAAGCUCCGAAGAACGAUUCCGAGAUCGCAUCGCGUAUGUCGUGGCUCAUGAACUCGCUCAUCAGUGGUUCGGCGACUUGGUUACUAUGGAUUGGUGGGAUGAUCUAUGGCUCAACGAGGGGUUCGCUACCUGGACGGGAUUUCUAGCUGUUGAUCACGUCCAUCCAGAGUGGGAGUUUUGGACUCGAUUUGUCAAUGAAGCGAUGCAAUCAGCAUUCGAGGCAGAUGCCAUUCGUGCGUCACAUCCAAUCCAGGUACAGGUGGGCAAUGUUGCAGCCGUCUCACAGCUUUUCGACCUCAUCAGCUACCGCAAGGGCGCGUCUAUUAUUCGCAUGCUUGCAAAUCAUGUAGGGUUAAAGACGUUUUUGGAUGGCAUAUCGAUAUACGUCAGACGACACGCAUAUCGCAAUGCCGUCACGGACGACUUAUGGCACGCCCUAUCCGAAGUUUCCAAAGUGGACGUGAGCGAGUUUGUGCGACCGUGGAUUCAGAACAUGGGCUUCCCAGUUGUAUCGAUAGAGGAGAAUGGUAGCCAAGUCACCUUGAAACAAAGCAGGUUUCUUUCGACGGGAGAUGUAAAGCCCGAGGACGACACAACUAUCUGGUGGCUGCCGCUUUCUCUAGAGCGUGUCCCUGGUAGCCAAGACGCAUUGAGCACGAUUCUGACUAAGAAAGAAGAUGUUUUCGACGUCAACCAGGAAUUUUACAAGAUCAACGCCAAUGCCGUGGGAUUUUACAAGGUCAAUUAUCCUCCCGAGCGCCUCUCUGUCAUGGCCUGUCAGCUGAAUCGGCUCAGCACCGAGGACAAGAUAUUUACAAUCAGCUCAACUGCUGAUAUGGCUUUUGUCGGCUACAGCAGCACAACAGAGAUGUUGGAUUUCUUGAAAGCUUUUGGAAACGAGACACACUAUCGGGUAAUUAAACAAGCUUUAGACUCAGUCAAUGUGGUCCGCUCUAUUUUUUACCAUGAUGAAGUAAUCAAGAAAGGGCUGGAUAAUUUUAUUCUUCGGCUCAUUGAGAACAACCUCGCUUUGUGCGGAUGGGACAGUCGAGUAGGCGAGGACUAUAACACAACAUUAACUCGAAGCCAGCUGCUUCUCGCAGCGGGAGUGAGCGGCCAUCCAAGUAUCUUGGCAGAAGCAAACCGCCAGUUCACAGCCUACAGGACUGAUCCUCUCUCCAACCCCAUCCCUCCGAAUCUCCGAACCAUCAUAUUCCGAGUAGCGGUGGCGAAUCAUCCAGAAGAUUCAGUCCCUUUCCUCGUCAAAGAAUGGGAAAAUACAGCUACAAUAGACGGAAAAGAAAUAUGCCUUACCGCGCUUGGCCAUACAGGUAAUUUAGGCCUCGUUGAAUCGGAGGUAUUGCCUCUGCUCUUCAGUGCGCCUUCGAACUCUGCGGGGUCAACAACAGUGCCUCCCGGUGAUAUGCAGUUUUUGAUGACAUCUCUGGCCGACAAUCCAGCAACUCGUCAAUUACAAUGGAAUUGGAUGAAGACCAACUGGUCCAAUUUUGAGACCAAGAUUGGCAAGAAUUCCACUAUUCUAGAUCGCCUGGUUGGCGCAACACUUCAGACUUUGACCGAUGCCUCAGUAUUGCUAGAAAUCGAUACCUUUUUUGAAGAUAAAGAUAUCACGGCUUUUGCUCGCACGUUGGAAGUAGCCAAAGACAGAAUCAGGGGUAGAGCAGGAUAUUUCUGGAGAGAUCAUGUCAAGUUGAGGGAGUGGCUAACACUUAAUGGCUAUGUUUGA